AGCAGCAACGGAUUCCAAAAAAUUCACGUGCGAUUCAUUUCUUGCUUCUACUGCGUGGAUAUUUAACGCUUCACGUAGGCGUGUCUCUCGGAGGCAGCAGCCUUCUUGUGUUAUUUGAAAUGCACACACACACACACACACAAACACACACACAUAUAUAUAUAUAUAGAAGUAUAGCACUUGCCACCAUACUUCAUCUAGGGUCUUCUUUCGUACAACAGUUACGUUUUGUCAUUCCCUGUCUGUUUUUGUUGUCUCUUUGCCUGGCGAAAGAAAUUAGUGCUUCCACGUUUCUCUGGUGCCGUGGUGCGUUGUUGCGUCGUCGCCGUCUGCAAGAUUGUAGUUAUCCUUGCUUUCUUUGAAGUUUUUUCUUUCCACGCCUGUGCGUGCUUUUUUAGAAAUACAAAUUAGUUCUACCGUCUGCAAAAACGUUCUCACGGAGGAGAGAACACCUGACAAGAUGCAACAGCCAACAACCAGCAGCGCGUUAGACUGCUGCGAGUGUGGCGCAGUUGUAGGGACAGAGGGCCCUCAGCGGGCGACGCUACUGCUGCCAUGCCAGCACAUUCUUCACAUGGGCUGUGUGGAGUUCAUCAAGCGUCGUGUGAAGCUCUUAAUGGGUAUGGACAGCGCAGACGUAGUACAGGACGGAGGUGGGGACUCGGCCGGUGCGCCAUUGCCGAACCAAAACAAUGAUAGUAACAGUAAGAACUGGGUACAGCAGAUGUGUGGACGUUGUUUGUGCCCAGCGUGCUCCGCCCCCGUCACGCAUAUCAUUCCCUUGUACCUGCGCAGCGAGGACGAUCCAGGGGCGACUCUGCCUGCCAAGUCUGGUGCUGACGGCACCCCAGCGGCCUCUUCUCCACCGCUUUCCGCCGCAAGAGCCGAAGAGGAUUACAAGCGUGUGCACUCCGCACAAAAACGCGUCUUGUUGCGUCUGCGCGGCCUCUGCGAGCAGCGACGACGCAUGACGGAGCUCACGCACGCCUGCGCCAGCCUGCACGAGCAGCGUGCGCGUUAUCUGGCCGACGUGGAAAAGGAGGAGCGUUGCUUUCCCGGCCUCCUUUGCGGCGGUGGUGCGCAGGAUGACUCCGCCGUGACGACCACGCCCGGCGUGAGCGGCGGUACCCGUGGCGGGCCAUCGGCGCCGGCCGGCAUUCCGGUUGAACAGAUGGGCAUCACGGAGCUGGAGCUGUACAUGGCGCAGGUCACGCCUCGUCUGCUGCGCACGCAGGCAGAGGUGCGGAAGGAGCGUCAGAUGGUGGAGCGACGAACAAAGAAGUUGAACGCGUUGCGCACGCAUUAUCACUCCCAAAAAGAGUUGCACGCGCUGGAUGCCGAGAUUGCAGAACUGCAGGCGCGAGUGCGCGGCGGCGUAAAGAGGAGCACGGCGCAUCUCCACGACGAUGCACCGCAGCUGCGUGGGCCCCAGCAACCGCCCUCCGUGAGUCCCUCCGAGUCGCCGCCGCUAUCACAGCAAGAGCAGUACCACUCAGCACGGGAAGUCAUACUGCCGUCCAGGACCGCUGGUGUGCCAGCGCGGAAAAAAUAUCGGGGUGAGGAGGCGAUCUACGUGGACGACGAACCCCCGGCGGAAGUGGUAGAGGUGCUUUCGCAGGGGUCUAGUGAUGCAGGGGAGCAGGAAGUGAUGGUGUUAGACGACGAUGACGCAGUCGCAGAAGUGGUAGGAAACGGCAGCGACUCAGAGGUCAACGAAAGAAGUAACGAUGCCGCGGAAGAAGUGAACAUGUACGACGCACCAUACCUUAUUCCUUGCUACAUACGCGCAUCAACGUUGGCCGGCUCCUCUUCUGUCGAUCCAAAGACGCCACGCACGACGCUCACGCACGGCCACGUCCGCAUGUUGCCGCGACGAGAAGAUCGGCUUUGGCAGCCUAGUCUGCAGUUCUAG